AUGACUACCGGUCUUCUCUAUGUGACUAUGCAGCCUAAGGGCUCGCUGCCUGACACUCAAUUCCACGACUGGUACAACACCGAGCAUGGUCCUCUGCGUCUUCGUCUGCCCUUCUGCACUAAUGGUUUCCGCUUCCGGGCCACCGAUGGCGAGGCUCCUGAGUACGUGGCGCUGUACGAUAUCACCGACAUGGACGAGUUGACCCGCAAGACCUACCUGGAUCUCCGAACAGAUCUUAUUAAGACCGAGCGUGAGAAGAAGACCAUGGCCCAGAUUGACGUUGGCCGCAAGUUGUACGAUCUGGUGGAGGAGCGGAGCCAGGACAACUACCGCCACUUGGAGGAUCGCGCCGAUAACGAUCCCGAGACCCGCGGCAGCGUCAUGAUUGCUGUCACUACCGUCCUCGCCGACGCUGAGAAGGAGGCCGAGCACGACCGCUGGUACCGCGAGGAACACAUCGACAUGCUUGCCCGCGUGCCAGGAUGGCGCCGCACUCGUCUCUUCCGUACUGCCGCCAUUGACUCGGCUGCUCCCCGUGAGACCCUCGCUCUGCACGAGUACGAUCCCGUCAACGGUCUGGGUGGUGAGGAGCACAAGGCCGCCAUGAACACCCCAUGGCGCGAGCGUCUCCAGGAGUCUGUGGUCUCCAAGUCCCGCCGCACUUACCAGUGGUACUACACCUUCGGCCCUGCUCCCCGUGAGCUCGCAUCCCUUGCCAAGUCGGAUGUGAUCGGACCCUGGUCUUCCAACGAUGGUCGCACUCGCACUUACCCCUCAACUACCCGCCCGGCUGUCGAGUCCUUCGUCACAACCAAGGACGGUGUUGAGAUCCCCUACCGAUUGGAGGGUAGCCUCGACCCCGAGGCCCCCGUCGUGGUUCUCAGCAACUCCAUCCUGGUCAACUGGAACAUCUGGGACCGCUUCGUGGAUGCCUUCUUCGCUCGCAAGGAGAACCAGAAGUACCGUCUUGUCCGCUACCUUACCCGUGGCCGUCGUUCCGCUAGCGGUGAGCAGCCCGUGAACAUCGAUCUCCUCGCCUCUGACCUGAACACUCUCCUUGAGGCCCUGCGCGUCUCCCCCAAGGCUGCCCGCUUGAUCGGUGUCAGCCUGGGUGGUGUGACCGUCCUCAACACUUCUCUGCUAUUCCCCGAGCGUGUUGGCGCGUUCAUCGCCUGUGACACCAACUCCUCUGCUCCGGAGUCCAACCGCAAGGCCUGGGGCGACCGUGUCGCUAUCUGCGAGAAGGAGGGAUCCGUGGACCCUGAGACCAAGGAGCCCAUCGUCGGCGAGGAACUUGCUGAGGUCACCACCCGCCGCUGGUUCGUUCCCGAGUCUUACGAGACCCAGCCUGAGGUUCUGGCUCCUGUCAAGGAGGCCGUACGCACCAACAGCCUGAAGGGCUUUGCCCACAGCGUCCAGGCUCUGUGUGCCUACGACAUCCGUGACCGCAUGGCCAAGGCUACUGUUCCCGGUCUGUUUGUUGCUGGUUCUGGCGACGGUGUCCUGCCCCAGACUAUGCAGAAGAUGGCUGCCGAUCUGAACGGUGGUGCUGAGCUGAAGAUCAUCGACCGUGCUGGCCACUUGCCCAUGGUUGAGCAGCCCGAGGCCUUUGCCGAUGUUGUUACUGAGUUCUUGAGCAAGAUCGAUGCUUAG